AUGGCUCUUCUCACCCUCGUUGAGGAUCGGCCGACGCCCAAGGCCGUCUACAACUGGCGCGUCUACAUGUGCGCCAUCAUCGCGUCGUUCGCCAGUUGCACCAUUGGCUACGACUCUGCCUUCAUCGGAACCACUCUCGCCCUGCAGUCCUUCACCGAGGAGUUCCAGUUCGCGUCCUACAGCAAGAGCGGAUUGGCUCUGUUGAAGUCCAACAUCGUGUCUGUCUACCAGGCCGGUGCCUUCUUCGGCUCCUUGUUCGCCUACGUCAGCAGUUACUUCCUCGGCCGCAAGAAGAGUUUGAUCGCUUUCAGUCUCGUCUUCAUGCUCGGUGCCGGUAUGAUGCUCGGCGCCAACAGGGAGCGCGGCCUCAGUCUCAUCCUCGCCGGCAGAGUCCUCGCUGGUAUCGGUGUGGGUGGCUGCUCCAACAUGACCCCCAUCUACAUUUCCGAACUUUCCCCGCCUGCCGUUCGCGGUCGCCUCGUCGGCAUCUACGAGUUGGGCUGGCAAAUUGGUGGCCUUGUUGGUUUCUGGAUCAACUACGGUGUCGACUCUACCAUGGCCCCCAGCCACUCCCAAUGGCUCAUUCCCUUUGCCGUUCAGCUGAUUCCUGCUGGUCUGCUGCUUGUCGGAGCCUUCUGGCUUCCUGAGUCUCCUCGUUGGUUGUUCUCCAAGUACAGGAGAGAGGAGGCAAUGAAGCAUCUUUGCUGGAUGAGAAACCUGGAUGCCAGCGACAAGUACAUCAUCGAGGAGGUCAACUACAUCGAUGCCGACCUCGAGAGAUACAGGACCGAAGUUGGCGCCGGAUUCUGGAAGCCCUUUGCCGCUCUCAAGCAGAGCAAGGUCCAGUGGCGCUUCUUCCUUGGUGGCAUGCUUUUCCUCUGGCAAAACGGUUCCGGCAUCAACGCCAUCAACUACUACAGCCCGACCGUUUUCAAGAGCAUCGGUAUCACCGGCACCAACACCAGUUUCCUCACCACUGGUAUCUUUGGCGUCGUCAAGACCAUUGUGACUUUCGUGUGGAUUCUUUGGCUCAUUGACCAGCUUGGUCGCCGUAACCUCCUCAUGAUUGGUGCCAUCGGUGGAUCGCUCUGCAUGUGGUACAUUGGAGGUUACCUCGCUCUCAACCCUGCCAGUGGCACCGGCGGUCUUUCCGGCGGAGGCAUUUCUGCCAUGGUCUUCUUCUACCUGUGGACGGUGUUCUACACUCCUUCGUGGAACGGUACCCCCUGGGUCAUCAACUCCGAGAUGUUCGACCAGAACACUAGAUCUCUUGGCCAGGCUAGCGCUGCCGCCAACAACUGGUUCUGGAACUUCAUCAUUUCUCGCUUCACCCCCCAGAUGUUCGACGCCUGGGGUUACGGAGUGUACUUCUUCUUCGCCUCUCUCAUGAUCAUGUCCGCCGUCUUUGUGUUCUUCCUCGUGCCCGAGACCAAGGCUGUCCCUCUGGAGACUAUGGACCGUCUCUUCAAGGUCAAGCCCGUGUGGCGCGCAAACAAGACCAUUAUGGAUGAGUUGGCGGAGGACCAGAGCUUUAGACAGAACGACUCGGAUGACGUUGUUCUUGGCGAGAAGUCGGACGAGGGCGAAGUCAGCCAGGUAGAGCGAAAGGCCAGCGUUUAA